CCGGCAUCAUGGAUUCCUUCAAGGUAGUGCUGGAGGGGCCAGCACCUUGGGGCUUCCGGCUGCAAGGGGGCAAGGACUUCAAUGUGCCCCUCUCCAUUUCCCGGCUCACUCCUGGAGGCAAAGCGGCGCAGGCCGGAGUGGCCGUAGGUGACUGGGUGCUGAGCAUCGAUGGCGAAAACGCAGGGAGCCUCACACACAUCGAAGCCCAGAAUAAGAUCCGGGCCUGCGGGGAGCGCCUCAGCCUGGGCCUCAGCAGGGCCCAGCCAGUUCAGAGCAAACCACAGAAGGUGCAGACCCCUGACAAACAGCCGCUCCGACCGCUGGUCCCAGACGCCAGCAAGCAGCGGCUGAUGGAGAACACAGAGGACUGGCGGCCACGGCCAGGGACAGGCCAGUCGCGUUCCUUUCGCAUCCUUGCCCACCUCACAGGCACCGAGUUCAUGCAAGACCCGGAUGAGGAGCACCUGAAAAAAUCAAGCCAGGUGCCCAGGACAGAAGCCCCAGCCCCAGCCUCAUCUACACCCCAGGAGCCCUGGCCUGGCCCUACCACCCCCAGUCCCACCAGCCGCCCGCCCUGGGCUGUGGACCCUGCGUUUGCCGAGCGCUAUGCCCCGGACAAAACGAGCACAGUGCUGACCCGGCACAGCCAGCCGGCCACGCCCACGCCGCUGCAGAACCGCACCUCCAUCGUGCAGGCAGCUGCCGGAGGGGUACCAGGAGGGGGCAGCAACAACGGCAAGACUCCUGUGUGUCACCAGUGCCACAAGGUCAUCCGGGGCCGCUACCUGGUGGCACUGGGCCACGCGUACCACCCCGAGGAGUUUGUUUGUAGCCAGUGUGGGAAGGUCCUGGAAGAGGGCGGCUUCUUCGAGGAGAAGGGCGCCAUCUUCUGCCCGCCAUGCUAUGACGUGCGCUACGCACCCAGCUGUGCCAAAUGCAAGAAGAAGAUUACAGGCGAGAUCAUGCAUGCCCUGAAGAUGACCUGGCACGUGCACUGCUUCACCUGUGCCGCCUGCAAGACGCCCAUCCGGAACAGGGCCUUCUACAUGGAGGAGGGCGUGCCCUACUGCGAGCGAGACUAUGAGAAGAUGUUUGGCACGAAAUGCCAUGGCUGUGACUUCAAGAUCGACGCUGGGGACCGCUUCCUGGAGGCGCUGGGCUUCAGCUGGCAUGACACCUGCUUCGUCUGUGCGAUAUGUCAGAUCAACCUGGAAGGAAAGACCUUCUACUCCAAGAAGGACAGGCCCCUCUGCAAGAGCCAUGCCUUCUCCCACGUGUGAGCCCCUCCUGCCCACAGCUGCCGCGGCGGCCCUGGAGCCAUGGCCCGGCGUUUCUGGGUAGGGCUGGCAAUGGUUACCUUAACCCUGGCUCCUGGCCCGAGCCUGGGGUUCCCCGGCCCUGCCCCACCCGCCUUAUCCUCCCACCCCACUCCCUCCACCACCACAGCACACCGGUGCUGGCCACACCGGCCCCCUUUCACCUCCAGUGCCACAAUAAACCUGUGCCCAGCUGUG